UAAAUAUUUUUUAUCUGUGGAGUAGUACUUGACGCAUCGUGGGACGCUUUUAUUCGCGCUGUAUAAUUUAUUUUUCAUAUUUGUUUCCUAGAAUUUAUAAUGUCGGGCAUAGCCAGCGCACGUUUAGCCGAAGAGAGAAAAGCUUGGCGCAAGGACCAUCCCUUUGGCUUCGUUGCGAGACCGAUGAAAAAUCCUGAUGGAUCUUUAAAUCUUAUGACUUGGGAAUGUGCAAUUCCUGGUAAAAAAGGGACACCAUGGGAAGGUGGAUUGUAUAAAUUGCGUAUGAUUUUUAAAGAUGAUUAUCCAUCCAGUCCACCAAAAUGCAAAUUUGAACCACCACUGUUUCAUCCCAAUGUGUACCCUUCAGGCACAGUUUGUUUGUCACUUCUUGAUGAAGAAAAGGAUUGGCGUCCAGCAAUAACAAUAAAACAAAUCCUUCUUGGAAUUCAAGAUCUGCUUAAUGAACCCAAUGUGAAAGACCCCGCUCAGGCAGAAGCUUAUACAAUCUAUUGUCAAAAUCGACUAGAGUAUGACAAGAGAGUUAGAGCACAGGCCCGCGCUAUGGCUGCUACGGAGUGAAGAAAACACAUUCCUUACAGCAGUGGUUUGGAGAGACCAUCUAGGUAGCAGGAACCUAGUAACAUUCCUGUAUAUCAUAGAAAUGCAGUCUCAUUGGCAAGUUUAAUUAUAUACAAGAAUAAAAAAUUCAAUUGUCUGCUACAAAGCUGGUUUUUGGAGGAAAUUAGUUAUAAGUAGUGUUAAAGUAAUUACUGUUAUAUCAAAGUAUUCAGUAAAUAUUUUAACAAUAUGUAAUAAAUAUAUAAAAUAAAUAUAAACAUUUGUGUAAAUGUUUUGAAAACCAUUUGUAAGUACUGCUCGCUGAAAACAAUCUAGCAUUAUUAGUAAUUUUUAAGUGUUUUAAUUUAUUCAGGGAAAUAUCAUUUGAACUCUGACAUACUAUGAACAUUAUUCAAUAAGUAAAUUGUAAGCAUGUAUGCCGGUAUUAACAUUGCUGUAAAUCAUUAAAAUUCUUAUGAAGUUUGCUUUGUAAACUUGUAAUAUGUAUGUAUCAUCUCUUGCAAAAGAAUCUACAUUUAAUUUUAAACUAUUUUUGUAUCUUUACGUUAGAUUUAAUAAACAAUGAAUAAAUUGA